AUGAUGACUUCUGGCACUGGCACUGAGACUGAGACUUCAAAGAACUUACUGACAGACAUUGCGCAGAUUUCAUUCGAAAGCCCAGGACCAUCCAUCGUCGACAUACUCUCCACCGGUGACAUGCGUGCUGAAAGUGCCGGUGAUGCGGCGCUGUCGGCCUUUGUCGCUGGUGAGCAUGGGUCUGCGGCGAGGGCUGGGUGUGCUACAACGAGGAGAUCAGCAACGCAGAAGCAAGCAAGUGUGAUCAGGGAGACACACUCACAAAGGAAGGCCGGUGAUGAAGAUUCGUUCCGAAAGGCGAGCGAGAUUUCGUUCGCGAAAGCUUGCAUCCGUCGAAGGAUGAUGACGCUGAGGCAAAAUUGA